GUGUGUGUGUGCGCGUGUGCGUGGGGUGUAUCGAAAAAUACAUAAUGUGUCUCACUUCCACUUUCCUUUGCUCAUAUCACACAAAUGCUUUUACGCUUCUAGUCAAUACAUAUCCGGCAUUCUUCUGAAUUCUGUAUCUCUACACUCAAAAGGUAAGAAAAUGCUAUCAAUUGUAUUAAUGAUUAUUGACGCGGCUACAUGUGGGGGUUGAUGCCUUCAUAAGUGUACUUAUACAAUCUUGCUACAUAAUUAAAUAGUAACGGACAGACCACAAAUCAUCAAAGUGGGUGCCACACUAUUUACACAUAUUGCUUUAGCACUUAAAAUACAGAAUACAUCAGUUUGUUUCUGUAAUCUAAUUUUGAAACCACAAACUAUGUUACCAUAUGAUAAUUUAUAUUAUACUUCCUGCUGUGGAUCGUGUAUUUUGCAGUUCAUCACAUCUGAUAUUUUUUACCGUAAAAUAAAUAUUUUUGUAUGAAAUGGGUAUGCAACUUGAUUAAAAAAUAAGUUAUUUUCAUCCUGAAUUUAAUCUUAAACAAUCUGAUUACACUUUUUCCAUCUGUCUCUGCAGUCAGCUGUUUUACAGCUCGGUGGGUAAUUCUGAGGAAAUAAUUACAUUUUGGCCUUUCAAGCAUAGUUCCUGUUUCUAAUAAGCUUAAUACACAUGAUCUUGCAUGAGGUCAUCACAUAAUCAGAAUCAUUUUUUUAUCACAUGUAUCUUUCAUUCUUAGUGUUGUGUCACAAUGUAACGAGGAACUACUUGACACGGCUCUCCUCAUAACAGGUGAUUUGUGUCUGCGCUGCAGCAGGCUGAGCCUCUCCGGAACAACAAUGAACAUCUCCGAGGAGAAGAUGCGGGGCUUCUAUGGAAGUGACUCUCAUCAAGAGAACGUUCUUUUUUCGACUUUUUACAUCCUGAUUCUGCUCCUGGCUGUGCCGGGGAACGCCUUGGCGCUGUGGGCCUUCUUUCGCCAGGAGUGCACAUCUCCGUUUAAGGUCUUCCUGAGGCACCUGUGCGUAGCAGACAUCUCUUACCUUCUCAUUUUACCCGUGCGAAUUGAUUACCACCUGUCCAAUCGCCACAGGCCUUUUGGACAUGUCCUCUGUCGUAUAGCAGGUUUCCUCUUUUACCUCAACAUGUACUGCAGCAUUUACAUGAUGAGUUUCAUCAGCCUGGACCGAUUUCUGGCUGUAGUUUUACCCAUAAAAUCACUGUCAGUGAGGAAGGUUGGCUAUGCAAAGAUUGUGGUUGGUAUACUUUGGGUGACAGUUAUUGUGUCUAUGAGUCCAAUACUUUUCUCCAAAGGGAAUGUGAGCAACAACUCAACGGGGGUCUGCAGCAAGCUGUACUUAGAAAAGGCAUCUCCUACGGCUUUAGUUUCCACUAUUGUGGCAUUUGUCUUUCCCCUCACCACCACAGUGGUUUGCUACGUACUGCUUCUGCUAAAACUAAGGGGAAUCAAGCAACGGGAAGAGCGCCCCGUGAAGGACAAAGCUAUAAGAAUGAUCAUUCUCAUUGUGAUGAACUUCCUUAUUGCAUUUGUGCCCUACCAUGUGAGCAGGGUAAUCUACCUUGAAAGCCACAGUCAUGGUCACAUGAGUGCAGAAAUGCACGAGUCACUGGGUAGAGCCAAUCGGAUCACGUCUGCACUGACCUGUGUUAGUGGUGUUCUAGAUCCUGUGAUGUAUUUCUUCCUGAACCGUGCAUACAGGGACAAAAUUCUUCGGCUCUUCUGUAAAAAAUAAAAGAUGAUCAAUAAUUCAUUUUUCAAUUCAUUUGGUUUUGUAUAGACCAAAAUCGCAAAUUACAAAUUUGCCUCAGAGGGCUUUACAGUCUGUACACAUGCGACAUCCUCACAUCGGCACAGGAAAAACUCCCCCAAAAAAGAAAAAAAAACCCUUCCAUGGGGAAAAAAGGGAAGAAACCUUAGGGAGAACGUCAGGGGAGGGAUCCCUCCCCCGGGAUGGACAGACUGCAAUGGAUGUCAUGCCGUACAGAAUAAACAAUGUAAAAGAUGUUCAAUUCCUAUAACAGAAAUGACCACCGCGGGGACAAGCCCCAUCAGAUAGAACCACCAUCCACAGAAGCUUGUGGGGAGGGAAAGCACAAAGACUUUAAGGGUAAUGUUGAUUUAUGAUGACAUAAUAAUAGGAUGAUAGCAGCAGCAGGUGUCAGCAAAGCCACGGCAGGAUUGUUGUAGAAGGAGAGAGUGAAAGAGGAGCUCGGUGUGUCCUAAGUGUUUCCCUCAGUGUUUGUACUGGUGGUCUUAAGUUGUUAGGUUAACAAUGUAUUGUUGUCUAAAUGUAAACUGUACUAAAACAAAGUGAAUCAGUUCAACCACAUCCAUCAAUCAAUCAUUCAAAAUUUCUUUAUAUAGCACUUUACAAAACCAGCAGGUAUCCAAAGUGCUUAGCAUCAGAAACACAUGUCAUACAAUAGAAAGAGCGAACAUAGAAAACAGUAAUAUCAGUACAGUAAAAAGGUUACACAGACACAAAAGAAUGAAAUUGUCACACCACUGCUACGUAUCAAAGGCCAGACGAAAUGUACAUGUACAUAGAUGCUUCUGCUAAGAAAAUAAGUAGUUUUGUUAACAUACCAAAGGUAAAGGUAAAAACAAAAACUGUGUUGGA